AUUUUGGUUAGGUGUUCAAUUAGUGAGGCACAGAUAACGUUGACAUAUUUUGGCAAGGGAGAAAAUGUAGUUUAGAGCUUCAUUGAACAUAUUACGAAUAGUUAUUUUGAAUAGGUUACAGUUAAAAAUGAGUGGUGAUAAGAACUUCAUACCAGAAUACGGGUGGAAAGUUAAAUUGAAUCAUGUUUUUCCUGAAAGAAGAGAUCAAAACUUUUUCCCAAAAUUGAAGCAAAUCCCGCCAUUGUUACCGCUAGCAUUUCGGUACGUCAGGUACAUGGUGAGCUCGUACAGACACGGGCGGCAGCCGAACAUGGACUACGCCAAGAUGCUGACGGGAAAACAGAUUUAUGGCGCUCCGGUCGGGGGCAUCGGGGGUGGGACGAUCGGGCGCGGGUUCCGCGGGGAGUUCUGCCGCUUCCACAUGCGGCCGGGGCUGUACGAGUACCACACCGUGCCGGCGGACCAGUUCAUCGUCAGCAUCCAGAACUGCGAGCGCGACACCGUGUACCAGCGAGUCCUCUCUGCGCACGGGAAGCCGAGGCACGGACUGUCGUCGUGGGCGUGGGGCUUCGACGGCUCGGACGGCCAGUACUGCGCGCUCUACCCCCGCGCGUGGACCGUGUUCGACAUCCCGGAGCUCAGCGUGCGGCUGGUGUGUCGCCAGGUGUCGCCCGUCAUCCCCCACAACUACAAGGACAGCUGUGUUCCCGGGGCCGCCUUCGUUUGGACGGUGGAGAACAACGGGGACGACAAACUGUCUGUCAGCAUCACCAUGACCUUCAAGAACGGCACGGGGAGCAAGGAGGACAGGAGCGGUGGAUGCUGGAGCGAACUGUUUGAGCGGGAGGACGCUGGUGUGAAGGUGUCUGGCGUCCAGAUGCACCACAGCCUCAACAAGAUGCCUUACACAUACGCAAUAGCGGCAGUGCACCAGGAGGACGUGUCCGUGAGCCGCCUCACGCACUUCGACCCGUGCGGCAAGGGGAAGGAGGUGUGGGAGCCCCUACUGAGGGGUGGGGAGCUGGACUCGAACCCACCGCCCGCCAGCCACAAGACCCGGAACGGGGAGCAGCUGGCCUGUGCCGUGUGCGCGAGGCUGGUCGUGGCCGGAGGGACGGCCGGCCGGGCCACCUUCUCCCUCGUGUGGGACAUGCCCGUGGUCCAGUUCUCCGGCAAGAAGCACUCCUACCUCAGGUACUACACCAAGUGGUUCCCGAAGGACGGCACGGCGGCCCCGGGGCUCAGCCACUACGUGCUGGCCAACCACGACCGCUGGGAGAGCGAGAUAGACGCCUGGCAGCAGCCCAUCCUGCGAGACCCGGAGCUGCCGGACUGGUACAAGAGCGCUCUCUUCAACGAGCUGUACUUCAUCGCGGACGGGGGCUCCGUGUGGCUGCUCGCCGAGGGCCUCGGCCCCACAGACCCGAGGAGCGAGUACGGGAGGUUCAUGUACCUGGAAGGACACGAGUACCGCAUGAUCAACACGUACGACGUGCACUUCUACGCGUCGUUCGCCCUCGCCAUGCUGUGGCCGCAGCUGCAGCUGUGCCUGCAGCGCGACUUCUGCGACGCCGUGCCGCGCGAGAUCGCCACCCGCCGCUCCCACCUCUACAACGGCAAGGUCGCCUUCCGCAAGGUCAAGAACUCCAUCCCCCACGACCUGGGCGACCCAGACGUGCGGGCGGGUCCCGCAAGCUGUGCGAUGCAGGCCGGCGGGUGGCGGACGAACGGAGCUACAGCCGCGGAUCCUGUCGCAGACGAGGAGCCGCUGGAGCUGCUGAACGCGUACGGCAUCCACGACGUGGCGGACUGGCGCGACCUCAACCUCAAGUUCGUGCUGCAGUGCUUCCGCGACCAGCAGCUGACGGGCGACGAGGCCCACCUGCGCGCCGUGUGGCCCAGCGCGCGCGCCGUCAUGGAGCGCGCGCUCGAGUGGGACCAGGACGGCGACGGCCUGGUGGAGAACAGCGGCACGCCCGACCAGACCUACGACAGCUGGGUCAUGAGGGGCCCCAGUGCAUACUGUGGAGGGCUGUGGUUGGCGGCCCUGUUCAGCAUGGGCAAGAUGGCGGACAAGGUGGGGGAGACGGGAGUAGCGGCUCGCUACCGAGCCAUCCUGGUAAAGGCCAAGCAGGCUCUGCAGGAGAAACUGUGGAAUGGCAGUUACUACAACUUCGACUGCUCUGGCACGUCGCGGUCCAACACCAUCAUGGCGGACCAGCUGUGUGGACACUGGUACUUGCGGGCGAGUGGUGUUUCUGACCAGGUGUUUCCCGCGGAGAACGUGAAGUCGGCGCUGGACACCAUAUACACCCACAACGUGCUGAAGUUCCGCAACGGGACGCUGGGCGCGGUGAACGGGAUGCGGCCCGACGGCCGGGUGGACGACAUCACCAUCCAGAGCGAGGAGGUGUGGGUGGGCGUGGUCUACGCCCUGGCUGCGACCAUGAUACACGAGGGGAUGCUGGAGCAGGCGUUCAAGACGGCGGGCGGGGUGUACCACACGGUGUACCACCGCAUCGGCCUGGGCUUCCAGACGCCGGAGGCCCUGUUCGCGGAGAAGCACUACCGCUCCAUCGGCUACAUGCGUCCCCUCAGCAUCUGGGCCAUGCAGCUGGCCUGGGAGCAGCGCAAGCGGCCCGCCGCCUCGUAG